UCCCACGACCUUCGUCGGUUGGAGCCUCAUACCGCUCCUCGGCGUCGGCUUCACAAUGUUCCGAUACAACAGCAUCGAUCCCGAAUCGCAUCCCAUCAACCAGCGACAGCUCUUCCGGACGUACGACUUCAUCGUCAUCGGCGGCGGAUCGGCAGGUGCGGUAGUGGCCUCGCGUCUCUCGGAGAUCCCCGAUUGGAACGUGCUGCUCCUGGAAGCCGGGGGCGACGAGAACGAGGUGUCGGACGUCCCGGCACUCACGGGUUAUAUGCAGCUCUCGGAGUUCGAUUGGAUGUACCAGACGGCACCCCCGACGAACUCGGCCUAUUGCCUGGCGAUGGUCGGGGACCGAUGCAACUGGCCCCGGGGCAAAGUCCUCGGCGGCUCGAGCGUCCUCAACGCCAUGAUCUACGUGCGGGGCAACAGGAGGGACUAUGACAAUUGGGAGCGACUUGGCAAUCCCGGCUGGAGCUACGACCACGUGCUACCAUAUUUCCUUAAAUCCGAGGAUAAUCGAAAUCCUUAUCUAGCACGAACACCUUAUCACAAUACUGGUGGAUAUCUCACUGUUCAAGAGACUCCCUGGCGAACGCCAAUGUCCAUUGCCUUUUUACAAGCAGCCUCCGAACUGGGAUACAAUAUAUGCGACAUUAAUGGUGCCAAUCAGACUGGUUUUAUGAUUACCCAAGCGACCAUCAGGCGAGGCAGUAGAUGCUCGACAGCUAAAGCCUUCCUACGUCCGGUACGCAACCGCAAAAAUUUACACAUUGCCAUGAAUGCCCAAGCACUGAAGGUCACCUUUAAUUCUAAUAACCGCGCGACUGGAGUGGAAUUUCUACGCAACGGACGCCGACAUCAUGUGCGAGUUCGGCGAGAAGUCGUGAUGUCGGCUGGAGCGAUUGGCUCGCCUCAGCUACUGAUGCUUUCGGGGCUUGGGCCCGAGGAGCACUUGAACGAUCUUGGAAUACCCGUGUUAUCGAAUCUCCGUGUCGGCGAUCAUUUACAGGAUCACGUCGGCCUGGGCGGACUGACGUUUCUCAUUAACGAGCCCAUUACGUUUAAAAAAGAUCGAUUUCAGACACCCGCCGUUGUAAUGGAAUACAUAUUGAACGAGAGGGGACCCAUGACGACUCAGGGUGUAGAAGGCUUGGCCUUUGUUAAUACGAGAUACGCCGAUCCGACCGGCGAUUUCCCGGAUAUGCAAUUCCAUUUUGCACCAAGCUCCAUCAGCUCGGACGGUGGCGAUCAAAUACGUAAGAUCCUCGCUCUGAGGGACAGCGUCUAUAAUACGAUGUACAAGCCCAUACAAAAUGCCGAGGCCUGGUCGAUACUCCCGUUACUUCUCAGACCAAAGAGCUCAGGAUGGAUCCGUCUCAAGAGUCGAAAUCCAAUGGUCUACCCUGAGAUCGUGCCAAAUUACUUUACGCACAAAGAGGAUAUGGACGUUCUGGUCGAUGGCAUUCGUAUAGCCAUGGAGAUUUCGAAUUCCUCGGCUUUCCAGAGAUUCGGCUCGAGGCCGUUAACGAUAAAAAUGCCAGGCUGCCAGCCCUUUCCAUUUGAUACUUACGAGUACUGGGAGUGUGCGAUAAGGCACUUCACAUUCACUAUUUAUCAUCCGACCGGCACCUGCAAGAUGGGCCCCAAAACCGACAAAACGGCCGUUGUUGAUCCACGUCUGAGAGUUUACGGAGUGAAAGGCUUGAGAGUUGUGGACGCAUCGAUAAUGCCGGAAAUCGUAAGCGGCAAUCCCAAUGCACCGACUAUUAUGAUAGGCGAGAAGGCUAGCGAUAUGAUUAAAGAAGAUUGGCGAAUGUUAAAAAGAGAGACAAGCAAAUAGUACAAAGAAUACGAUUAUGCGUUUGCGUGUGUACGUGCUAAGUGUAAAGAGCCUGGGAAACGAGGAGAAAAGAUUUGCUAUAUUUAAUGCAAUUUUGUCACCACAGAGUCAAUUAAACGUUAAUGCCUAAGAGCCACGAUUCGCCAUUAUUCUGAAUACGGUGCAUCGAAUUUUUACAUUUUUGUCCAAACUGCCUUAGAUUAUUUAUUUUAUAAUCAACA